CAUUCUUGAGAGGGUAAACAUUGAACAACCUAUUUUAAGAACGUUGCUAAGGUGGAUGUUUUGUUCCCGCUAAGAAUGACAUCUCAGUUUCAGUUUCAGCUGGAUUCAUUGUUUCAGAGAUGUCACUCUCUCAUUCACAUCAAGCAGCUUCAAGCCCAUCUCAUCACCACCGGAAAAUUCCACUUUCACCCUUCCCGCACCAAGCUUCUCGAACUCUGCGCCAUCUCCCCCGCCGCCGACCUCUCCUUCGCCGCCCAAAUCUUCCGCCGAAUCCAAAAUCCCUCCACCAACGACUGGAAUGCCGUUCUUCGUGGCCUCGCCAUGAGUCCCCAACCCACGCAGGCCAUAUCGUGGUACCGCAGCGUGUCACGCAGUCCCCAAAAGGUGGACGCGUUGACAUGCUCCUUCGCUCUCAAGGGUUGCGCGCGCGCAUUGACUUUCUCCGAGGCCACCCAGAUUCAUUCUCAGGUUCUGCGUUUCGGGUUUGAUGCGGACACUUUGUUGGUCACCACUUUGUUGGAUGUGUAUGCGAAAACCGGUGAUCUUGAUGCUGCACAGAAGGUGUUUGAUGAAAUGCCAAAGCGGGACAUUGCUUCCUGGAAUGCUAUGAUUUCUGGGUUGGCGCAAGGGAGCCGACCCAAUGAAGCUAUUGCAUUGUUUAAAAGGAUGAAGGAAGAGGGGUGGAGGCCCAAUGAUGUAACUGUUCUCGGUGCUCUCUCUGCUUGUUCGCAAUUGGGUGCUUUGAAGCAGGGUGAGAUUGUUCAUGGGUAUAUAGUGGAUGAGAAGCUAGACAUGAAUGUCAUUGUUUGUAACGCGGUAAUUGAUAUGUAUUCAAAGUGUGGGUUUGUUGAUAAAGCUUAUUCAGUCUUUCAGAACAUGAGUUGCACCAAGAGUCUUAUCACAUGGAAUACUAUGAUCAUGGCGUUUGCAAUGAAUGGUGAUGGAUAUAAGGCACUUGAUCUGUUGGAUCAAAUGGCUCUAGAUGGAGUGCAUCCUGAUGCGGUUUCUUAUCUUGCUGCAUUGUGUGCAUGCAACCAUGCUGGCUUGGUGGAAGAAGGGGUUAGAUUGUUUGAUUUGAUGAAGGGAUCUGUGGUGAAACCUAAUAUGAAACAUUACGGGAGUGUUGUUGAUUUGCUGGGUCGAGCCGGAAGGAUCAAGGAAGCAUAUGAUACUAUAAACUCCAUGCCUAUGUUGCCUGAUGUAGUACUCUGGCAGAGUUUGCUUGGGGCUAGCAAGACUUAUGGGAAUGUGGAAAUGGCAGAGAUGGCAUCGAGGAAGCUGGUGGAGAUGGGAUCUAACAGCUGUGGGGAUUUUGUCUUGUUAUCGAACGUUUACGCUGCGCGACAGAGGUGGCAUGAUGUAAAGAGGGUGAGAGAAGCCAUGAUAACUAAAGAUGUGAGGAAAGUGCCUGGAUUUAGCUACACUGAAAUAGAUUGCAAGAUACACAAGUUUAUAAAUGGUGAUCAGAGUCACCCAAAUUGGAAAGAGAUUUAUGCGAAGAUGGAUGAGAUCAAGUUUAGGAUUAAAGCCUACGGAUAUACAGCUAAGACUGAUCUUGUGUUGCAUGAUAUAGGGGAGGAGGACAAGGAUAAUGCUUUGAAUUAUCACAGUGAGAAGUUAGCUGUGGCAUAUGGUUUAAUUAGCACAGUUAAUGGGACACCAAUUCAAGUCAUAAAGAACCUUAGAAUAUGUGGGGAUUGUCAUACUGUGAUAAAAAUUAUAUCAAAUAUUUAUAAUAGGGAGAUCAUUGUGCGGGAUCGAGCGCGAUUUCACAGAUUUAAAGGGGGAGUGUGUUCUUGUAGAGAUUAUUGGUAAAAUUAAAAGCAACUGUUUUUUUUUUUUGUAUAUGUACUUUUUCUUUAAAGAUUCUAGAAUAGUAAAUUUCUCACA